GGGGUCAUCAGAGCAGCAGCAGGAUGAAGAGGUAAAGCGGCAGCAGCAGGUUGUCUAUCUGCGAGGUGUAGGCCUCCAGCAUGGCUACCAUGGUGAUGGAGCCCACGAUCCAUGAGUAGGUGGAGUUCAGAUUGAUGGUGGGGUCGAAUAUGAGGAAGAUAGCCACAGCGAUGAUCUGGGCAAAUACCGACGUGGCUGUGCCCUCCACUGUCUUCUUGGUGCCCGGCCAGCGGAUCUCGCCCAUGCUGCUGCCGAACACCGACGCCACUGUGUCCCCCACACCCACCGCCAGCACCCCGGCGUAGGGCACCAGGCCCCCCGCCCCAGGCAGGAUGCCUUUGGGGGCGCAGGGCCCCGGGAACAGCCAGAUAGGCAGGGACAUGCCCAGGAGGAGGUAGAUGUGGGUGAGGAUGAGAGGUCCAGAGUCACGCUCGUCCAGGAACAGGGUGAGUAACUGACGGAGGAGUUGACCCAGCGGGCGGAUGCGGAAGUAGCGCACAUACUCCAGGAGCAGGAAGGCCCCCAGGCAGCCCACGGACGCCACGUGUAGGAGCUGGCGGUCAUACACCAGGCCUGGGACGAAGGUGGCUACUACAAUGAGGUGGAAGUACUUUCUGACUACCGUAGAGGCCUGGUGCUUCUUGGAGCCUGACUGGCGCUGGUAGUUCUGGUGCAGCACAACCAGGGUGGCCAGUGUGGCCAACAGCACCCAGUACCCCAGCAGGCACAGACGCUUGUCGUUCAGAGUCACAAAGUCCAGCAGCCACAUGAUGGGGUGGCGGCGGAUGAGGAGGGAGAGCCAGGGCAUGAGGAUCCCCAGGCCCAGCACAGCCGUCAUCAUGUGGAAGAAGAGCGACGACACCCAGGUCUCAGACUCCAUGAAGCAGAAGAGCAGGGCGAAAAACACCCCUAGGAGAAGAGAUCCUACCACCACCACGGGCAGGAAGUAGUGGACAGGCUCCCCUUUGACCUCAGCCAUGUUGAGUGAGCGCUUUAUGAGCUGGUUGACGAUGAAGCUGAUGCCCCCGACGAUGAGGAGGGCCUCGCCGGGCGUGAAGCAGCGCGGUAGCAGGUAGAGCACGAUCAGACUCAGGUAGACGAAUAUCAGCAGCACCUCCAGAACCUCAAUCACCUCCGACACUGUUAGGGUCUGCUUCACUGUGUACAGGAUGGCACUGCUCGCCACACCCGCAAUCACGCAUGUGUUGGUGGGCACGGGCCUUGUGAUGCCCAGCGCGAGGAGCGACAGGAACAGUGCCAGCAUCAUGCCUGUCACUGUGACCACCAUGGAGAAACGCUCAAAGUAGACGUUCCCCGAGGCGGCGCACUUCUCCCGCAGCGCCACACCCAGCAGGGGCAUCACCAUGACUGCUGGGACGAUGCCGCUGUUGGCUGACAGGCGCCACUGAAAGACGGCGUUGCCAUUACGGAGCAGGCGGUCCCACUUGUGCUGCACGUAGAAGGCCUGGAUGACCAGGGCCACGCAGCACCAGGAGUGCUGGUUCCACACGGCCAUGUGGACACACAUCACCACAGAGAAGACCACUGCAGACUCCACCAGUACCGGGUUGGUCUGCAUGGUUGCAAUCGGGGGAGAAGACAGGGAGGGAGGGCGGUUCACGGCAGAAGACUCCAGCUCGAACACAAAUCUCUUAUUUGAAAGGUCUGUCAAUUCCUUUCUGCGGCACACAUCAUGGUUAGUUCUUAUUUUAGUCCACAAUCUUAGGCCUGUCCUGUAUCUGUGAAAACAAAAGUAUCAAAAUGGCUGAAGCAGAAUACAGUGAAAAACGAUUUAAUGAGAAUCAAAACGUUGAAUAUAUUAGAAACCAUUGUUUUCCCAUUACACUCACACUUAUUUCAAAAGAUCCACACCCCACAUCGACUGUUGAAAUAGCACUGAACCUUGACCCACUGACUAAUGCCGCGUUCAGUCGCCAGUCGAAUUAGGAAACUCGGAAAUGUCCGACAUGCUAACUGGUUAAACAUCACACGUGUAUAACUACAACUGGAAAUUUUCUAGAUUCGACUAGUAUGUGAACGCGGCAUAAUGCCCAUGACCGAUUGCCACUCUUAGCAUUAACUGUCAUGUAGCUAAAAGUGAUUAUGACUAAUAAUUGCUAUGGAUGAAUUAUUUACCAGAAAUUGUACUCGACAGUAAAGUCUAGAGAUGACAAUCCAAAAGGACAAGUCUAGACAAGUAGAAAUGCCUUAACUCCAACCUUUUUCUCAUACAAGAGGUGGUGAGGGUUAAAAUUAUUUAUACGGUAUCUUUAAAACGAACGAUUUAUGGUAACAAGCGUUAAUUCAUGAUCAUUUGAGAUAUCAAAUAGCUUUAUGCAUUUGCACUGCUACAUAACGUGGCCUUGCUACAGAUCCCUCUCACUGUAGUGAGAAAUGCUUGAAUGCAAUUUCAGCCGAUGCAGCGACCCCGCAUCCAAGUUAACGUUAGCAAAAAUUAAUCUGACAAAUGUACAGAGUUGAGUUCUCGUUCAGAUAACCGUUUAAUGGUCGAAUACCGGCUAUUUAAAAUGAAUUGAAAGUAUCACAAAUGGACUUACCAGGUAAAUACUGCACAUAUCAGAAUAAAUGAGUAAAGCGAUAUCUGAUCUUUCGACAAUUAUAUUCUGCCCAAUCAGCUGGCGUUCCUCAUACCCAGUAGGAGGUGGCCAUAUUGACAGCCAUGUCACGUGGUACAUGAAACCUUUAUUUACGGUGCACGAUGUGCGAUAUUUUCUUGUUAUAUAUUUAAUUUCAUGGGAAUGGUAAAUGUUUGGUAUUUAUAUACAUUUAAAAUCAUAACUAUAACCAUAACAUCUACAGGUCACGUGAUGGGGUCCAUGUCGCAGACAAGUUACGUCACGUUGCAGGGAGAAGAUGGCGGACUCGGAGAUGUAUGUGAGGAGCAGCCGAGAGUUAUGGACUAUCUUACUGGGGAGAUCUGCAUUGAGGGAACCGGCUCAAAUAGAGGAAGAACUAGAUCGAAAUUGGGAACGAUUACUUCAAGGGCUGUGUUACUACAAAACACCCAGUUCAUCAGCGGCGGAAAAACUGAAAGCGGACAAAGGUGUGGCCCAACCAUUGAAGGAUUUUGGUCUGAGGAUCAGUAAACUGUUGGGUCUGGAUCAACAGCAGAGUGUACAGAUUUUACAAUGUUACCUUCAAGAAGAUUACAGAGGGACCCGCAACACACUGAAGGAUGUUCUGCAGGAUGAGAGACCGAGCCAAGCCCUACUUCUGAAGAUCGCUGACUAUUACUACGAGGAGCGUGUGUGUCAUCUGCGAUGCGUCCUCCUCCUGCUGACGUACUUUCAGGAUGAGAGACACCCUUACAGGGUGGAGUACUCCAACUGUGUGAACAAGCUGGAAAAGGACCUAGUCAACAACUACCAGAAGCAGUUUGAGACCCUGUUCAAAGCUGAAUCCCCGACAUGGGAGACGCAUGGCAACCUCAUGACGGAGAGGCAGGUGUCCCGCUGGUUCCUGCAGUGUCUGAGGGAGCAGUCCCUGCUGCUGGAGAUCCUGUUCCUGUACUAUGCCUACUUUGAGAUGGGUCCCGGAGACCUGCUCAGCUUCACCAAGAUGUUCAAGGAGCAGGGCUUCGGCCUUCGCCAGACCAACAGGCACCUGGUAGACAAGAGCAUGGAUGCCCUGGUUGACCGCAUCGGGUACUUCAGCUGUCUGAUCCUGGUGGAAGGCAUGGACAUAGACUUUCUCCACAAGUGUGCCCUAGAGGACCGCACGGAGCAGCACCAGUUCUCCAACACCCCUGCCAUCAGCAGGGAGAUGGACCAGAUGCUGCUGACGUUUGGUGACAUCCCUCACCACGGGCCAGUGCUGCUGGCCUGGGUCCUGCUGAGACACACCCUGAGCCCAGAUGAGUCCAGCCCCGUCAUCAGACGCAUCGGGAACACCUCCCUACAACUGGGGGUGUUUCAGUACCUCACCACCAUGCUGCAGGGUCUGGGAGGCACUGGGAAUAAUUGCACAGCCAGUACAGCCAGGAUGUGUAUCUACGGCCUCCUCUCCUUUGUCAUUACCUCCUUUGAAGAGGAGACGCUGGGCAGCCAACAGCAUCUAAUAAAUGCAGCGUGUGAAGUCCUCUCUGCGCCCAGUCUGGCUGAGCUCUUCUGGGAAACGAAGCCCACUAUGGGAUUGGGAAUGAUCCUGGAUAGCGCAAUGGGAAUGUUCCCACACAAGACUGGUAUGCUGUUGCAGCUCCUUACUGCGCUCCUGUCAGAUAAGUCCACUGCAAAGAAGGUGUACAUUUUCCUGGACAAGAUGUCGUUCUACACCGAGGUCUACAAAACAAAGCCCAAUGACGUCAUCUCUAGAGAUGACGAGACACUGUGGAGGAGACAAGCACCAAAACUCCUCUACCCUCUCGGCCUGGGCCAGACUAACCUGCGGAUGCCUCAGGGUGUGCUCGGUCAGGUGGCUGUGGGGGAGCAGGGCUACGUGGUGCGCUGGGACUACUCCUACAGUGCCUGGAUCCUGUUCACCUGUGAGAUAGAGAUGCUGCUCCACGUUGUCUCUACUGCAGAUGUGAUCUUGCACUGUGAGCGUGUGAAGCCCAUCCUGGACCUGGUCCAUAAGAUGAUCAGCACAGACUGGACCGUGUCUGACUGUCUGCUGCCCCUCACCUCACGCAUCUACAUGUUACUGCAGAGGUUGACGUCAGUCAUCAACCCUCCAGUGGAUGUGAUAGCGUCCUGUGCAAACUGCCUCAUCGUCCUGGCUGCUAGGAUGCCUGGCAAGGUUUGGUCCAGCUUGCACCACACUGGUUUUCUGCCCUUCGCCUCCUCCCCUCUGACCAAUAUGGCACAGUCCAUCAGUGCUGAGGGGAUGAAGGCAGGUAACUACGGCAACCUGCUGGUCCUGAUUGAGCAGCCCAGAGGGGAAUACGCUGUGACCAUCGCCUUCCUGCGCCUCGUCACCACCCUGGUCAAGGGCCAACUGGGCAGCACCCAGGACAAGGGCCUCAUCCCCUGUGUGCUGCUGGUGCUGAAGGAGAUGCUGCCCACCUACCACAAGUGGCGCUACAACACCCACGGAGUCAGAGAGAGGAUCGGUUGUCUGAUCCUGGAGUUGGUCCAUGCCAUCCUGAACCUCAGUCCAGAGGGAGAGGCUAGUGGCAGCACGCCAACCCUCCAGUCUCUGUGUAUCUACAGUCUGGCUAACACCGAGGCUGGCCAGGCGGUGGUUAAUAUCAUGGGGGUGGGAGUGGACACCAUAGACGUGGUCCUGGCUGCUCAGCCCAGCAGUGGUGGCUCAGAGGGCCCAGGUCAGAUCCUUAUCCAGACGGUCAAGCUGGCCUUCUCCGUCACCAACAACGUGAUCCGCCUCAAGCCACCGUCGAGUGCCGUUUCGCCCCUGGAGCAGGCGCUGACGCAGCACGGUGGCCACGGCAGCAACCUAAUUGCCGUGCUUGCUAAGUACAUCUACCACAAACACGACCCGGCCCUACCGCGCCUCGCCAUCCAGCUGCUCAAGAGGCUCGCCACGGUGGCUCCCAUGUCGGUGUACGCCUGCCUGGGCGGUGAUGCGGCUGCCAUCAGGGAUGCCUUUCUGACUCGGCUACAGAGCAGGACGGAGGACAUGAGGAUCAAGGUGAUGAUCCUGGAGUUCCUCACCGUGGCCGUGGAGACCCAGCCGGGCCUCAUCGAGCUCUUCCUCAACCUGGAGGUCAAGGACGGUGCAGAGGGGUCAAAGGAGUUUCUGCUGGGUGAGUGGAGCUGUCUGCAGGUUGUGUUGGACCUGAUUGACUCCAGGCAGCAGGGGAAGUAUUGGUGUCCCCCCCUGCUGCACCGCGCCGCCCUGGCCUUCCUCCACGCCCUGUGGCAGGACCGACGGGAUAGCGCAAUCUCUGUCCUACGCACCAAAGAGAGGUUUUGGGAAAAUCUGACCACGCCUUUGUUUGGAACCCUUCCCGCCCCCUCAGACAUCACUGAGCCUUGUGUUCUGGAGACCUGUGCCUUUGUCAUGAAAAUCAUCGGCCUUGAGAUCUACUAUGUAGUCAGUGGCUCUCUGGAGCGUUCUCUGAAGGAUGCACUGCAGAAAUUCUCCAGCGGGCGGCGCUACGAGUACUGGUCCCAGUAUGUUAAGUCCCUGGUGGUCCAUGUGGCAGAGACGGAGGAGGAAGAGGGCGUGCACUCGUUCUCCGAGACUCAGAUGGUCAUCUCAGCCUGGCGGAUGCUGCUCAUCCUCUCAACCAGUCAUUCGGAUGUGAUGCAGUUAAAGGAGGACUCUGCCAGACUUAAGCUCUUCAUGGACGUGCUGGAUGGGACCAAAGCUGCUUUGCUGGUGCCCAUGUCUGUGCCCUGUCUACGUCUGGGAUCCAUGAUGGCUACUCUUCUGCUGAUCCUGCUUAAACAGUGGAGAAGUGUGGUGGCUACGGCCCCUGACGUACUGGCCCCCCUUUCUCUGAUCCUGGAGAGUGUCCUGCAGGCCGACCAGCAGCUGAUGGAGAGUACCAAGGCCAAGGUGUUCUCUGCCCUCAUCUCUGCACUUCAAAUACAGGGACUCAACGGUGGGGAGAUCUCCCAACUGCCCCAGCUGCUGCUGUGUGUGUGUGAGACGGUGCAGGACGAGGCGCUGGCACUGAUUGACAGCACUCGUCACGCGGCUCAGGUGAGGGACAUCCCGGAUGACAAAGACAGCAUGGAGACUGACGCCGUCCGCAGCUUCCAGAAGGACCAGAGAGACGGGGUGUGUGUGCUGGCCUUACACCUGGCCAAGGAGCUGUGUCGUGCCGACGAGGACGGGGAACACUGGGUUCUAGUGAUGAGGAAGAUUCCUGCUCUCCACUCUAUUCUCAGCGCUCUAGAACUCAGCCUGCGCUCCAAACAGAACCUCUACUUCACCGAGGCUGCCCUGCACCUGCUGCUCACGCUAGCCCGCACACCACAGGGUGCAGCAGCAGUAGCCGGGGCCGGCGUCAUCCAGAGUAUCUGUCUCCCUCUGCUCAGUGUCUACGAAGUGCCCUCUAACGGAGCCUCACAGGGUUUCUCCCGUAAGUCCCAGGAUGCUCCCUGCUGGCCGGGGGUGUACCGCCUCUCUAUGUCCCUCAUGGAGAUCUUGCUCAAGACGCUGCGCUACAACUUCAUCAACGAGGCCCUCGACUUUGUCGGAGUGCACCAGGAACGCAUACUGCAGUGCCUGAAUGCGGUGCGGACGGUCCAGAGUCUGGUGUGUCUGGAUGAGGCUGACCACACAGUGGGCUUCCUGCUGCAGCUGUCCAGCUUCUGUAAGGAGUGGCAGUUCCAUCUGCCCCAUCUGCUCCGAGAUGUACAGAUCAAUCUGUGUUACCUGUGCCAGACGUGUACCUACCUCCUCCAUAGCAGGAACAUGCUUCAUCACUACCUCCAGGCUAAGAAUGGGGAGGCGCUGCCCUCCGGCCCCCGUGCCCAGAGAGAUCCUCAGAUGCCCUCCAAAGCUGCAGCUGAAGGGGGGGGCGGGGAGAGGGAGGAGGCGGAGCAGAAGGCCCUGCUGGCAGUGCAAUGCAGCCUGCUGAAGAUCCUCAGUAAGACUCUGGCCACGCUGCAGCACUUCACCCCUGACUGCUGUCAGAUAAUACUGGACCAGUGUAUGGACCUGGCAGAGUACAGGACCUUGUUUGUGCUGAGCUUCACCACCUCGGCCUUUGACGCUGACGUGGCGCCCUCUUUUGGAACCCUACUGGCAACCAUCAACGUGGCCCUAAGCAUGCUGGGAGAGGUAGAGAAGAAGGAGCCAGCCUCUCUGAGUGUGGCCUCCCUGGCCUCGUCAGAGGAAACCCAAGCCCUCAAGUCUCUGCUGAUUUUCACCAUGGAGAACUGUUUCUACGUGCUCAUCUCCCAGGCCGUCCGCUGUCUGAAGGACCCCAGCAUCGCCCCCAGAGACAAACAGAGACUCAAACAGGAGCUUGGCUCUGAACUGAGCACCCUCCUCUCCAGCCUGUCCCGUCACUUCCGCCGUGGCGCCCCCUCGUCCCCGGCCAGCAGCCUGUUGCCAUCUCCCCAGCCCCCUGGCGCUAAGGCCAGCCAUGAGGGUCAGGAGCCUUUCAUCCAGCUGGUGCAGGCCUUCGUACGCCACAUACAGAGGUAGACCCACCACGUGGAGUGUACGAAUAGGGCCAGGAGGUUUUCCUGUUAAGAAGUUAUGGGCCUGAAAAACUCUUGUCGCACAUGGCACCGUAACUAUUCUCUUCUGAAUUAUACUUUUCACGGUGCAACAGUGUCUGUUCAUUCUUUUCAGUUGAAUUGAUAUUUGUCAAGCCAGUCACCUUUCGAAUCUGCUGUACAAAGUCCUGACGUGCCAGAUUCUAACAAUCAGGCUUUGGGUGUUCAGAAAAUGCUCCCAUACACAUGGGUCAUAUCCCCACAAUUUGUCAUGCUUAUAGCCUACUAUAUACCUCAGUGGGAAUGUCAAAACAGAGGAUACAGCUGCUUACAAGGGCUAGCUAAAAAAAAAGUCCAUUGCGAGACUGUAGACAUUUACCUCUAAAGGAAUCAGUAGUAACAGAUCUUGGUGCUAUUGAACAUCUGUCUUGUUGACAGUGUCCAGUCUUUCCCCCCGGCCUAGUUUUAUAGGCCAUUUCUGACAAGACCUUUUGGUAUCGAAAAAUCAAACCCGUAUAUCAAAUUGUGACGCCACAUUUAAUCAAUUUAUACAUUUGUAAUGAGCUGCCUAGUUACUUUGUUUUCUAUAUCAUUUAGACUUUUCUAACGCUUGGAUUGAGGGAUGUUUUCUCCUUUUAAAAAUGUUGCUUGGAUUUGACUUUUCAUUUGUGCAUCACGUACUGCUACAUUAAAACAUGUUUGCUAAUAAAAUACCUAGUAGAACAUGA